GACAAUUCAGUAUUCCUCCAGUCUUCAGCGCAGACGACACUUCACUAUGAAAGCUCAGGUGAUGGCAGUGCUGUUGGUAGGCCUGGUGGCGAGCGCCAGCGCCAUCUUGGGGGGCCCAGAUUGCCCUGGCUGCCCGCAGUUGACCCAGCAGCAGGUCCAGGCUCAACAGCAGUCUCAACAGCAGACCCAGCAGCAGGCUCAACCCCAGGUGUCCAGCGGGGCGCGCCUCGCCGUCUACUCGUCACCCUUCUACUCCACUGGCAUCGUCCCGUCAGUCUACUCGGCCAGAGUCGUGCCCACUAUAUCUGGGAUUUACCCCUACUACGCCAGGAUCUGAUGUCCAGACUUACUGAAUUCCAGAUCUAUCUUAUGACGUCUGUUGCAAUUCACUGUCUAAAACUAUAUAUGAAUUCUCAUAAUUAAAAUUCUUCUUGUGCCAUCAUAAA